GCGCCGAGAGCGGCCGGCGGGGCGGGCGAGCGAAGGGUGCUUGCUCUUCCCGCUCCUCCUUCCCUCCGCCUUCCUCAUUCUCGCGGGAUCCUUGCAAGAGGCCGCCGCUGGGGCUGCUUGAAGGAGCGAGCACGCAAGCCGAGCGGGGGGGCGGGGCGUGCGGGCAGCCAUGGCCGGGCAGCAGUUCCAGUACGAUGACAGCGGCAACACUUUCUUCUACUUCCUCACCAGCUUCGUAGCCCUCAUCGUUAUCCCCGCCACCUACUACCUGUGGCCGCGGGACCAGCACGCCGAGCAAAUUCGUUUAAAGAAUUUAAGAAAAGUUUAUGGAAGAUGCCUGUGGUAUCGAUUGCGAUUGUUAAAGCCCCAGCAGAAUAUAAUUCCUACAAUAAAAAAAGGUGUGUUACUUGCUGGAUGGGCAUUGUUUUUGUUUCUUGCUUACAAAGUGUCCAAAACAGACCGAGAAUAUCAAGAAUACAAUCCAUAUGAAAUACUACAGUUAGACCCAGGUGCAACAGUGUCAGAAAUUAAAAAACAAUAUCGUUUGUUAUCGCUGAAAUACCAUCCAGAUAAAGGUGGCGAUGAAGUUAUGUUUAUGAAUAUUGCUAAGGCUUAUGCAGCUUUAACUGAUGAAGAAUCUCGAAAAAAUUGGGAAGAAUAUGGCAGCCCUGAUGGACCACAGGCUACAAGCUUUGGAAUUGCAUUGCCAGCUUGGAUUGUGGAUCAGAAGAAUUCUAUUUUGGUUUUGCUGGUUUAUGGAUUAGCAUUUAUGGUUAUUCUUCCAGUGGUUGUAGGUUCUUGGUGGUAUCGAUCAAUUCGUUACAGUGGAGACCAGAUACUCAUCCGUACGACGCAAAUUUAUACCUAUUUUGUUUAUAAAACCAGAAAUAUGGAUAUGAAAAGACUUACAAUGGUUUUGGCAGGGGCUUCCGAAUUUGACCCUCAGUAUAAUAAAGAUGCAACAAGCAGACCUGUAGACAAUAUUCAAAUACCCCAGCUUAUUAGAGAAAUUGGCAGCAUUAAUUUGAAGAAAAAUGAACCUCCGCUUACUUGUCCGUAUAGCUUGAAAGCCAGAGUGCUCUUACUAUCUCAUCUUGCCAGAAUGAAAGUUCCUGAGACACUUGAACAAGAUCAACAGUUUGUCUUAAAAAAGUGCCCUUCCUUGCUUCAAGAAAUUGUAAAUGUAAUCUGCCAAUUAAUACUCAUGGCACGUAGCCGGGAAGAAAGAGAAUUUCGUGCUCCCUCAUUGGCUUCUUUGGAAAACUGCAUGAAACUUUCUCAGAUGAUUGUCCAAGGGCUUCAGCAGUUUAAGUCUCCACUCCUUCAACUCCCACAUAUUGAAGAAGAUAAUCUCAGAAGGGUGUCUAACCAUAAAAAGUACAAAAUUAAAUCUAUCCAAGAUUUGGUGAGUUUGAAAGCCUCAGAUCGUCACAAUUUGCUACACUUUCUUGAAGAUGAAAAAUAUGAAGAAGUUAUGGCUGUCCUUGGCAGUUUUCCACAUAUCACCAUGGAUAUAAAACCCCAGGGUAGGUGGUGUGUGCUGUCUUAGUGAGUUGAUCAGGAUUCCUAUUAUCAAAUUAAUGCUAUAUAUUUAACAAUAAUACUGAAUUUACACUGUUAAUCCCUUAGGAAUUUUGAGAUCUCUGGCAUUGGCUGUCUUAGAUUUGAGGGUCAAAUAAAGAGGACAUAAUAAGCUUCCCUGUUGACAGGUUAAUAUGUAUAAGUCUGGACAAGGGCUGUGAAAAAUGUUUCAAGGUUGGAAUUUCCCAAAUUGCCCUAUUUUCAAAUAUGAAACCACUCUGGCCGUGGAACAGGCUACUGCAAGCACUGCAGAAGAGUUUUAAGCUUGAAAAAGCUAUUUUCAGUAUAAAAUACUUCCUAGCCAAUAGUUUUCAAGCUUGAAUCGUUUAGAACAGGGGUGUCAAACUUGUGUUGUCACAGCGAGCGGCAUCACGUGACAUAUUGCAACUUUCCCCCCGUUUGCUAAACU